UUAAUAAAAUAACUUGUAUUCCGUAGUUCGUUAUUAGUUUAAUAUUUAUAUUUAAGUUGUUUAACAUGGAGACGACUAUGGGCGGGAAACAGAAAAUGCCCAAGAUUGCCAAAGUCAACAAUAAAGCUCCGGCUCCAAUCCAAAUAACAGCUGAACAACUUUUAAGGGAAGCGAAAGAGCGUCAACUUGAAAAUGUCCCGCCACCCCCCAAGCGUAAGAUAACUGACCCACAGGAACUUGAGGAAUAUAAAUUAAGGAAACGAAAGUUUUAUGAAGAUGCUUUGCGUAAAAAUCGGGCGUCGAUUCAAAACUGGAUUCGAUACGCCGCGUUUGAGGAUAAUAUGAAAGAAAUUCAACGAGCUCGCUCGGUGUAUGAGCGUGGCAUCGACGUUGCGCAUAGGAACAUCCCAUUGUGGCUGAAAUACGCAGAGAUGGAAAUGAGGAAUCGACAAAUUAAUCACGCACGGAAUAUUUGGGAUCGUGCGGUGACCAUUCUUCCACGAGCGAACCAACUUUGGUACAAAUACGUUUACAUGGAAGAGAUGCUUGGCAAUGUGGCUGGGUGUCGACAGGUGUUCGAACGAUGGAUGGAAUGGGAACCCGAUGAGCAAGCAUGGCAAUCUUACAUCAACUUCGAGUUAAGAUAUAAAGAAAUUGAGCGUGCUCGACAAAUAUAUGAAAGAUUUGUUUACAUUCAUCCUGAUGUUAAGAAUUGGAUCAAAUACGGGAAGUUUGAGGAAAAGUUCGGGUACGUCGUGAAGUCGAGGUCGGUGUUUGAACGAGGGGUUGAGUUUUAUGGGGAUGACCACUUGGAGGCGACGUUGUUCGUCGGGUUCGCAAAGUUUGAAGAACGACAAAAAGAAUACGAACGUGCUCGAGUUAUUUAUAAAUAUGCGAUCGACAGAAUUGAUAAAGUUCUUGCUGAGGAUUUAUUCAAAGCUUACACGAUAUUUGAGAAGAAGUUUGGAAAUCGUUCGGGCAUUGAGAAUGUGAUCGUGAACAAACGUAAGUUCCAGUAUGAGGAAGAAGUGAAAUCGAACCCUCAUAAUUAUGAUGCGUGGUUUGACUACUUAAGGUUGGCUGAGGAAGACGGGAGCGAGGAAUCAACGAGAGAAGUUUACGAACGAGCCAUCGCUAAUAUACCCCCUGUGUGUGAGAAGAGAAGAUGGAAACGAUAUAUUUAUCUGUGGAUUAAUUAUGCGUUGUACGAGGAAUUGGAAGCAAAAGACAUGGAUCGUGCACGUCAAGUUUAUUCAUCGUGUCUUGAUGUCAUCCCACAUAAGAAAUUCACUUUCGCCAAAGUUUGGAUUAUGUUCGCACAUUUCGAAAUCCGUCAAAACAAUUUGCUCGCUGCGCGGAAGAUACUAGGUGUGUCAAUCGGUAAAUGUCCGAAAGAUAAAUUGUUUCGGAAUUAUAUCGAACUAGAGCUCCAACUGCGUGAGUUCGACCGAUGCCGAAUGCUGUACGAGAAAUUCCUCGAGUUCGGACCUGAUAAUUGCUCAACUUGGUGGCGUUUCGCUGAGUUGGAGUCGUUGCUGGGCGACACAGAUCGUGCUCGAGCGAUUUACGAGAUCGCGGUCGCUCAACCACGACUCGACAUGCCGGAGGUUUUAUGGAAAUCUUAUAUCGACUUCGAGUUGGAUCAAGACGAGAGAAUCCGAGCGAGGAAAUUGUUCGAACGUUUGUUGGAACGAACGCAGCAUAUCAAAGUCUGGAUGAGUUUUGCUGCGUUCGAGGCAACGCAGGAGACACCUGAUGGCAAUGAACGUGCAAGGGCGAUUUAUAAACAAGCAAACUCAAAGUUACAAACCUCAGGCUCGAAGGAAGAAAGGUUGGUUUUGUUAGAAGCUUGGAAGGUUUUCGAAGAAAAACGUGGAAAUGUGGACCAACAGUCAUGUGUUGGGAGGUUGUGGCCGAAACGUGUCAAGAAGAGGAAGAAGGUGACAACGACGACGGGGGUUGACGCGGGGUGGGAGGAAUAUUACGAUUAUAUUUUCCCUGAAGAAGAACAAGAACAGCCAAACCUUAAACUACUUGCGAUGGCUAAACAAUGGAAGACAAGCAAAAACGAUGAGUCAUCGAGUGAUGAGUCAUCAGAAGAGGGGGAUUCCCCUGAAUCAUAGUUGUGUUUGAACUUUAUUUGACCUUUGUGUAAUGUACAGUUGAUGACGUUUGUAAUUAAUUAACUCGAUAUUCGUCUGCAG